AUGAAGUACGCCAUCUCAUCUGCCGCCUUGGUGGCUGGCGCUGUUUCGCAAGCUACAUUCGAACCCGCAGACUUCAACAUCACUGAGGCAUUGCUCGACAAUGGUGUCAAUGUCUCUGCUAUACCUGAGCUUGCGCCUUUGGUAGAGAGAUCAUUGUUGAGUGGCUGCUCUAUCGCCUGUAACUCCCUAAAAUUGAUCUUUGGUGAUGACCAGAUUGAAACACAAUCCGAAGCCGCGUACAGCGCUUUUGUUGGUAGUUACUGGUCAGGUCAACAAAGACAAAUCUCUCCCCAAUGUGUCUUUAAGCCCGAGAAAGCGUUGGAUGUAUCAACUUCCAUCCUUCUGUCCCGUCUUACGCAAUGUCCCUUUGCAGUUAAGAGUGGAGGCCAUUCGGCAGUACCCGGCGGCUCGAAUAUUGAGGGCGGCAUCACCAUCACUUUCGAGAAGAUGAAUAAAACGAUAGCAUCUUCUGACAAAAAAAGCGUUACAUUUGAACCCGGUCAAACAUGGUAUGAUGUAUACACAACGCUGGAGAAGCAAAACCUUGCCAUUAUUGGUGGCCGAGUCGCCAGUGUCGGUGUGGGAGGAUUAACACUUGGAGGUGGUAUUUCGUACUUCUCAAGUAUGUACGGUUUGGCAUGCGACAAUGUCAUCUCGUAUGAGGUAGUCACUGCGUCUGGACUCAUCAUCAAUGUCAGCCAGAACUCGUUCCCAGAUCUUUACUGGGCUCUCCGAGGUGGUGGUAACAACUUUGGUAUUGUCACAAAGUUCAACGUCAACGCCAUUCCCAGAGCGCCGACCAUGUGGGGCGGUAUGCGAACCUAUAUCUCUGAAUUUCCCGCCCUGAUCAGGGCAUACUACAACCUCGGAAUGAACGCAAACAAAGAUGGAAAGGCCCACCAAAUCUUGUCAUUCGGCUGGAGUUCUGAAAUCGGCCAGGUUGCUCAGGUUGAGCUAGAGUACUCAGACCCUGUUGUUGACGCACCAAUACUCGCGGAGUACAACAACAUUACAGGACAGAUCGCAGAUGGAACAGGCGUUAAGAGUCUCGCAGAACUUACCUCGAUCCUAGAAGGCCCCGCUAGCGGUGCAGGUCUUCGACAGGCUUUCUGGACCUGGUCAACCAAGCUUGAUGUGGAGAUGGCCACUGUGACCAAGGAUGUUUUCUUUGAGGAAAUCACUGAUGUUCUUGACGCGGCGGAUCUUCUCCCAGCUGUUUCUCUUCAGGUGAUCACCGAACCCAUCAUCGAGGCAGGUGCCAAGAAGGGAGGCAAUGCGCUUGGUUUUGACCCGAAAGAAGGACCUCUCAUGUUGGCUCUUGUUGCCAUGAAGUGGUCUAACAGCGCAGAUGAUGAGAGACUGGACAAGUUUGCCGCACGUGUCAAGGACCGCUGCGUAGCCGCAGCCAAGGCCAAGGGUAAAGACACCGACUACCUGUACAUGAACUACGCCAGUCCUUACCAAGACCCCAUUGCUGGGUACGGUGCAGCGAACAAGGCUAAGUUGAAGGCGAUCUCGAAGAAGUACGACCCCACUGGUGUGUUUGAGAUUCUCCAACCCGGCUACUUCAAGCUUGAUGGCGCACCAUUGGGUCAAUUGUAA